AUGUCAGGAAGUCACUCAAGCUCUGAUGACAGCAGCGAUUCCAGGAAAAGACCCCGGGAGAAAGAUAUGGACCCAGAUACCAGUCCGAAACGUCCAAACUGUGAGGAUAACGUCCAGCUGAAAAUCUUGGUUCCAUCAAUUGCUGCUGGAGCAGUCAUUGGGAAGUCUGGCGAGGCCAUCGGCCGGAUUCAAAAGGAUACUAAUACAAAGGUCAAGAUAUCAAAACAAGAUGAAUUUUAUCCUGCUUCAGUAUCCCAUACUCACAACCACUUUUGGCUUGAUCUUGUAUAA